AUGUCCAGACACUCUCCUGAUGCCUGUGAAGCUACUGCCAGUCGAGCAUACCGCCCCUCCAGACCCGCCCUGUAUCCCGACAUUGCGGACACUUCUCAUGCCUCACCAAACGCAAUCGAAUUCUUCCGCAAGUUCUACACUCUCAAAAGCUCAGACAGCCCGAAUAUUGUCGACUGCUACGACCCCAACCAGACGGAGUACUACGACUCUACUCUUGGUCUUACAGCAGGAGCCAAUCGCUCCAGUUUGGUGGCCACCCUCCGAGCCAUUGAAGCUCAGUGGGCAGAGACAGCUCCGAACGACAGAUCCUACCCUCUCAGAAUCUUAGGUGACACCAUUCAUGGCGCUAUCGUCCACGCCGUGGACACACCUGGACUCUUUGGUGCAGAGAUACGGGAGCUAUCAACAUUCGAUUUCGUGAACGGUACAACAAGUCGCCAGAUCGAUGCCUGGGAUGCCCGUGGUAAUAGUGUCACAUCUACACUUACUGGAGACCCGGUAUACCCAGAUCUGGGACUACCUGGCCUUGCGGAGCGAGCGGCGGCGGAGAUGGGAGUAGUAGUGGAUCUUCUGAAUACAGCACUCUCGACGGGCAACGCUACAGCAGCAGCGAGCCUCUUCAGCUACGAUGCAGUGCUUGAAGACAUGACUCUCCGUCUGCGUGUCGAAGGCCGAUCCGCGAUUACCUCGUAUCUGAAUCGUACAGUGCAAUCUUUACCUUACGGCGAAGGUACAGCGGUUACGCACGUACUCGGCAGCGCGAUGGGAGGUGGCUAUGAGUGA